AUGCUUCCUAGGGUCCUCGUCAUUGCGGGAUCUGAUAGUUCAGGUGGAGCCGGCCUCGAAGCAGAUCAAAGAGUCCUGACAGCCCAUGGCGUCUACUCUUUAACAGCCACAACAGGUCUAACAGCACAAAACACGCUGGGUGUGCAGGAUAUUCAUGUUGUCCCUGCAGGAUUUGUCAAGAAACAGAUCAAUGUUGCCUUGGAGGAUGUUGGAGCUGAUGCUGUUAAGCUUGGAAUGUUAUCAUCCGCAGAGACGGUUGAUGUUAUUGCAGAGGAAUUGAAGAAACAUAAUGUCAAGACUAUUGUUCUUGAUCCGGUAAUGAUAUCAACAUCCGGCUCCCAACUCCUCCCCCAAAACGCAAUCUCGCACGUCCGCACAAACCUCCUCCCACUAGCCACAGUCCUAACUCCCAACAUCCCCGAAGCCAAACUCCUGCUUGAAAACGCAGGUCAGCCAGCAGUCAGCGAACCGGAGAAUGUAAAUGAAAUGAUCGAACUUGCCAAAAAAGUUCAGGGUCUCGGAUCAAAAACCGUGUUGUUAAAGGGUGGUCAUUUACCACUUACAGCAGAUCGAGUACGAGCAAAUUCGCUCGCAGAGGCGAAGAUUGUGGUUGAUGUUUUGUAUUCCGGAGACGGGGAUGAGGUGAUGCUAACCGAAACAGAGUAUUUGACGUCAAAGAAUACACACGGCACCGGAUGUUCUCUUGCAUCAGCUAUAGCGGCCAAUCUCGCAAAGGGGAAUGACUUGAAAACGUCCGUUCGUUCGGCGAUCAAAUAUGUCGAAGCUGGUAUCAAACUCAGUGUUGAUAUGGGUCAGGGGAGCGGUCCUAUUAAUCACUUUCACUCCCUAUAUCAUAUGCCUUUUGCUCCUGGUCAAUUUGUGCAUUAUGUUCUCAAUAGGUCGGAUAUACAACCUAUUUGGCACAGAUUUACGCAUCAUCCGUUCGUGGAAGGAUUGGGGAAUGGGAGUCUCCCCGUAAAGAACUUUAAAGAUUAUCUCGUGCAGGAUUAUCUUUACCUAGUCCAUUUCGCACGAAGCAAUGCUCUCGCUUCCUACAAAGCUCGCACAAUGGAAUCCAUAGCCGCCUCUGCAAGAAUAGUCCUACACAUCAACACCGAAACAGCCCUCCACAUCGACUACUGCUCCAGCUUCGGUCUAACCCGCGAAGAAAUGGAAGCAACCCCCGAAAAACAAGCAUGCGUAGCCUAUAGCCGCUAUAUCCUCGACAUAGGCCAAUCCGAAGACUGGCUAGCACUCCAAAUGGCUCUCGCCCCCUGUCUGAUCGGCUACGGCGCAAUUGCGCGUCGUCUCUAUGACGACGAUGAUCAUACCGUGAAGGGGGAAGAGAAUAAUAGGUAUUGGAAGUGGAUCGAGAAUUAUGUGGCGGAGGAUUAUGUGACUGCUGUUAAGACUGGGUCUGUAUUAUUGGAGGAACAUAUGCAUCAGGUUUCACCGAGUAGAGUGGAAGAGUUGGUGCAGAUUUUCAAGAGGGCGACGGAGUUGGAGAUUGGGUUUUGGGAUAUGGGAUUGGGGAGUGAUUAGAAAUUUCCAGGGUUGAAAAGGUUCGUUUAUUGAUGUUGUCUUCUCCCUAUAUAUGUGCAUAUCUUUGCACAUAUCGGAUUUCAGGUUUAGAUGAAUGGAAGAGUCGUCCAGCGUCUACCUAGGUACAUACUACACUGCGCCUAGGUAGUACAUAGUCAUACAAAAGAAAA